AAGCAAUAAUGUCUUUACCUUUUGGAAUUAAAAAACCUUCUCGUGGUACAGUGAUUUUUACUGGAAUAAUUGGUACUCUUGGAGGAAGUUAUUAUGCUAGUAAAUAUUAUGCUCAACAAUCUCGUCAGGCUCUAUGCGAUAAAGUAUCUUGGUUAGCGAAUCGUCCUUGUGGUGUCCAUGAACGACCUCGAAAAGUACAAAUAUUUAUAACAGCUCCUCCUGGUGAUGGUUUAGAAAAAAGUCGAAAUUGGUUUGGAGAAUAUAUCAAGCCCGUUCUUGUGGCUGCUGCUAUAGAUUAUGAAGUCAAGGAAGCAAGAGAACCUGGUCAAAUUGAAAAGUUGGUUAGAGAACAAGUCAUUAAUCUUCGAAAGAAUGAACAACAACAAUCAACAGAAACGAAUGUCUCACCUACAACGCAGAACCCAUUUACGCCUGUUAUGCAAGACAUUGUCAAGCAACAACGUACUUCUGAAAAUGAAUUUGAUGGCAUGAUUGCAAUUGGACGUAAUGCCUGGAGAGAACUGCUUACUGGUCUGGAUAAAGGAUGCACCGUUAGUUUACAACAAGUGGCUCGGGAAGAAGCUUUAGCACUGGAACAAAAAACAAAGGAUGAACAAAACAAGACGACAAAAGAAGAUGAAUCUUCAAACACUUCUUCUUUGGAUGAAACAUCAGCAUCUUAUGAACAGUCUGAAGUAAUCAUGUCAGAUUCUAAUCAACAAGAAAACGUCGUCGGUGACAACAAUAAACAACCUGAAUUCAUGUCCAAUACUAACCAACAAGAAAACAUCAACGAUGACAAUAAGGACGACAAUUUGAUGCGUAUGGAUGAUAAUGUAGUCACGAAUGAAAAAGAUAGAUUCAAUGUACCUGCUUCGCUUUCGCCUGUUAUAUACAUUCCUCAUGAAAAUAUCAUUGGAUGGACUAAUAUUCCUUACCGUAUCUAUAUGUGGUUAGCGGAUUAUCAACGCAUUGAACGAUUUGGAGAAUAUGCUGUAUCUUUGGCAUUGAACAAGACAAAACCUUUGGCUAUAGAAGAUAUUGAUGUUGGUUAUCAAGAAAUGAAAUAUUGGGUUGGUGAUGAUGAAGCCAAGUCUGCAAGAAACGAUGAUCAACCUAUACAAAUCGAGGAUCGUGUUAGAGAAGAAUUGAAAACUUAUACCAAUUAGUCAUAUACAUUCUUUCCCCUCCUCAUUCAUAUAUAUCUUUUUUUUUUUAUGCUUGCUAUAGAAUUUAGAUUUUUUUUUUUCUGUGUAUACGUUAGUGAAUUAUAAUAAAUUUUCUGGUCUUUGAUUGUCAAAAAA